GAUGGGAGGCCAGAGGGCUGGGCCGAGGAGCCGGGCGAGGGGCCAGGGGCGGGACUCUCAGGACUGGGAGGCCCGCGAGGGCCGGGGGACGGGCGGUCCAGGCUAAGGUGGGGAGCGAGACUGGAAGGCCGUGGGCGGGGCCGAGAAGCGGGUGGAGUGGGAAAGGUCUGGGCUCCCAGGACGAGAGGGGACGCGGCUGUGCGGAGCAAAGGCGGUCGGGGGCGGGGCGGCGCGGAGGGGGCGGGGCGGCGCGGAGGCCAGGACGGCACCCGCGGCGGGCUGGGAGGCCGGCCCAGAGCACUGCGGCGAGCGACCCCCGGGCCCCACUCCGGCAGCCCCGGCGCCCCGACCACGCGCCCGCCAUGCCCGAGCAGCUCAGCGUCGCAGAGUUCCUGGCCAUCACUGCAGAGGACCUCAGCUCCCCGGCCGGGGCUGCCGCCUUCGCCGCCAAGAUGCCCCGGUGCCGCGGGGCAGCACUGGCGCGGGAGGAGAUGCUGGAAGGAGACCAGGCCAUCCUACAGAGAAUAAAGAAGGCUGUGCGGGCGAUCCACAGCUCCGGCCUCGGGCACGUGGAGAACGAGGAGCAGUACCGAGAGGCCGUGGAGUCCCUGGGUAACAGCCAUCUGUCUCAAAACAGUCACGAGCUGUCCACCGGCUUCCUGAACUUGGCCGUGUUCACCCGUGAGGUGGCCGCGCUCUUCAAGAACCUGGUUCAGAACCUGAACAACAUUGUCUCUUUCCCCCUGGACAGUCUGUUGAAGGGGCAGCUGAGGGACGGGCGACAGGAUUCCAAAAAGCAACUGGAGAAGGCAUGGAAGGACUACGAAGCCAAAAUGGCCAGGAUGGAGAAGGAGAGGGACCGGGCCAGGGUGACAGGAGGGAGUGCCGGGGAGGUGGCGCAGGACACCCAGAGAGAGCGACGCGUCUUCCAGCUGCACAUGUGUGAGUAUCUGCUGAAAGCCGGGGAGAGCCAGAUGAAGCAAGGUCCUGAUUUCCUGCAGAGCCUCAUCAAGUUCUUCCACGCCCAGCACAACUUUUUCCAAGAUGGCUGGAAGGCUGCUCAGAGCCUGUCCCCCUUCAUUGAGAAGCUGGCAGCCUCAGUACACGCACUGCAUCAAGCCCAGGAGGAGGAGCUACAGAAGCUGACCCAGCUCCGGGACUCCCUUCGAGGGACGCUGCAGCUUGAGAGCAGAGAAGAGACUCUGAGCCGGAAGAACUCAGGAGGUGGCUACAGCAUCCACCAGCACCAAGGCAACAAGCAGUUUGGGACAGAGAAGGUGGGCUUUCUGUACAAGAAAAGUGAUGGAAUUCGAAGAGUCUGGCAGAAAAGGAAGUGUGGAGUCAAGUAUGGCUGCCUGACCAUCUCACACAGCACGAUAAACCGGCCACCAGUGAAGCUGACCUUGCUGACGUGCCAAGUGAGGCCAAACCCUGAGGAGAAAAAGUGCUUUGACCUGGUGACCCACAACAGGACAUACCACUUCCAGGCGGAGGACGAACAUGAGUGUGAGGCGUGGGUGUCAGUGCUGCAGAACAGCAAGGACGAAGCCUUGAGUAGUGCCUUUCUGGGGGAGCCCAGCGGCGGCCCGGGGCCCUGGGGGGGCGCCGGGCUGGACGGGGAGCCCCAGGACCUCACCAAGCUGCUCAUCGCCGAGGUCAAGAGCAGGCCCGGGAAUGGCCAGUGCUGCGACUGCGGGGCUGCAGACCCCACUUGGCUCAGCACCAACCUGGGCGUGCUCACCUGCAUCCAGUGCUCCGGCGUUCACCGCGAGCUGGGCGUGCGCUUCUCACGCAUGCAGUCCCUCACCUUGGACCUGCUGGGCCCCUCCGAGCUGUUGCUGGCCUUGAACAUCGGAAACACUCGCUUCAAUGAGGUCAUGGAGGCCCAGCUGCCCUCGCACGGCGGCCCUAAACCCUCAACUGAGAGUGACAUGAGCACCCGCAGGGACUAUAUCGUGGCCAAGUAUGUGGAACACAGGUUUGCCCGGCGGUCCACCCCCGAGCCUCAGAGACUCUGGACGGCCAUUUGCAACCGGGACCUCCUGUCAGUACUGGAGGCCUUCGCUAAUGGGCAGGACUUUGGACAGCCACUGCCGGGGCCUGAGGGGCAGGCACCUGGAGAGCUCGCCCUGCACUUGGCUGUCAGAGUCACCAACCAGGCCUCCCUGCCCCUGGUGGAUUUCAUCAUCCAAAACGGUGGUCACCUGGAUGCCAAGGCUGCUGACGGGAACAGCGCCCUGCACUGCGCUGCUCUCUACAACCAACCUGACUGCCUCAAGCUGCUGCUGAAAGGGAGAGCCUCACUUGGCACAGUGAACGAGGCAGGAGAGACAGCUCUGGACAUAGCCAGGAAGAAGCAGCACAAAGAGUGUGAGGACCUGCUGGAGCAGGCCCAUGCCGGGACCCUCGCCUUCCCCCUGCACCUGGACUACCCCUGGGGGAUCUCCACAGAGCCUGGCUCUGACAGUGAGGAGGAUGAGGAAGAGAAGCGCUGCCCGCUGAAGCCGCCAGCCCAGGUCCGCUGGGCCAGUGGGAGGCUGGACAUCAGCAACAAGACCUACGAGACCAUCGCCAGCCUGGGACCAGCUGCCCCUAAGAUCCAGAGUGAGGAUUGCCCCCCACCUUUGCCGGUCAAAAACCCUUCUCGGACCAUGGCCCAAGGGCGUGCGGGACAUGCCAGUGGAGAUCGUUCCGAAGUUCCCAGCCUGAGCUCGGAGUCUGCUGGGGUCCCUGAGAACCUGAGCAGUCCAGCCUCCUCCUCCUGCAGCCUCACAAGCCCCGUGGAACCUGGGGGUCCCAACCAAACCCUACCCAGCUCUGAAGAGGGCCUCUGGGAGCCCCCGGGCCCCUCCCGACCCAGCCUGACAUCUGGAACCACCCCUUCAGAGAUGUAUCCCCCUGUCAGGUUCAGCUCUGAGAGCACUCGCUCCUAUCGGCGGGGGGGCCGGAGCCUGGAGGACUGUCCUUCAGCCCGGCAGCCUCUACCCAGAAGGAACAUGCCGGUUGGCUUCACUGAAGGAGACGGUUCAAGGACUGGGGUUCUCCCAGCAAGCUCUGUGCAGCUUUUGCAAGACUAGCUCCUUACUAGCCCUUGCACGCCUGAACCACCCCCAUGCUGGAUGCCAGCAUUCAGAGCUAGGACUUGAGCCUACAAGACUGGGGAGCUGAGGUGUUUAUGCCCUGGGGUCUUGCUGUCUCUGUCCCUUGUGCCUCUGUGGCUGGCCUUCCUCCCUGCCAUGGGCCCACGCCCCUGCCAAGGACACUGGGCCCCUCCAUGUUAGGGCUGAUGGUGGUUUGUCUCCAUCUCAUACCUGCCAGGGACCAGGGAGCCCUAUGGCUGGACCCAAGUGCUCCUGACCCAGCUCCAACUGCAGAACCUCCAGUCCCUCAUCAGACCAGGACUGUGUUUCUUCCAUCAGUCUGGGGGGCUCUAACCUGCCUUCAUUAUUCUGCAGGCCAGGGAUUCUGCCAGACUAGGGACUGUCUUCUCAGCCAUUCACUAGCCUAGUAUUCUUUGACUGAGUUCUGGCUCUGUCCAUUCCUGUGCUAGGCACUGCAGAUGUCACAGGAAUAAGACAAAGGUCCUAAAGAUGUGGUCCCUUUCUGGGCAGCCGGUCCCACGAAUUAGGCUUGGAAAUGGACAGGGCUAGAUUCCAGAGGAUGGUCCUGGGCCUAGGGGCAGACUGACAAUCAGCUGGCUUGCACCUGAAUAGCACUGCAGUUGUCUACAGCCUGUAUCCAUUCUGGUUUCUCAGUGCCCAUGCUGUACUGGCUGUUAAAUAAAUAUUCUGAAUAUCACUCCUUUUGAGGGACAGCACAGCCUUGCUGGGGACCGCUGUUAUAAUAGAUUCCCAGCCAGGAAGUAGAGGAGGGUUCACCCCCAUUUGCUUACUCUCCCUGAUUUAGCAAGAAUGAAAGGAAUAGUCUGGAAUGAUUAUCCUCACUUCUCUCCUCUUUCUCAGUCAACUCAGGAACCUUCCAGUCUCGGGGCAGGAAAGGGCCAAGAAAGGAGAAAGGAGAGUGAUAGAAAUGGAGGGUGGAGACUUAAAGGUUCUACUUCCCAGCGCCAGAAAUUCCACCGUCGCUUUCAGGCCCAUAUUGGAAAACAGAUACACCUAAGCCACCAUCAGUCUCUAACAGGUCAGCUUUAUAGGCCCUGGGCGCUGGGAUGGACCAGGACAAACAGGGGAGGCCAGAGGAUGCCAAUGGCCAAUGCAGCAGCCUGGUCUGGGAGGCUGCGCUGUUUACCCUGGAGACCUGACAGGUCUGUGAUCCCACAGGAGCAAGGUUGUCUUCAGAGCCCCCAGUGUCUUGUUAUUUCACUCAUCUCUAAUAAAAGAUUUUUCAGAGUAAA